AACAUUGCCUGAGCCGCCAUUGAGAGCGAGCGCAUAAUUGAUAUGGUGGAAAAUAUCAGUUGAAGGGUAACUAGUGUUUACAUCAGAGCCUAGAGACAAAAACAUCAAUACUUAGUAAGGUUUUUAGGCGAAUAAACGAAGUUUAGAUUGUGUAUGUAUAUAAAAACAUCGUUUGAUAGCCGUUUAUGCGCUGCACGCAGUUGACACUUUUUGGUCAGGUUCUUUUUUGUGUCGACAAUGGUUUGUUUUUCUCUGUCAGGAUCUCUCCUGUGACUUUGAUCGGAUCGUUUUAAAUGAAUAGUAGAGUUGUAAUCGCCCAGCCUUGAACGACGGAAGUCUGGUUCGUUGAUUAAAGGUGGAAAGGAGAGGAUAGGCAGGAUUUCAACCUUUAGACAACAAGGAGUUCGGAAAGGAGAUGGGAAAUUGUCUGAAAUCUCCCACUUCGGAUGAUAUCUCCUUGCUUCAUGAAUCCCAGUCAGACAGGGCCAGUUUCGGUGACGCCAACGAUCUGGAUCAGGAACCACCACCUCCAUAUCAGGAGCAGAUCCAUGUGCCGGUGUACCACCCGACUCCCAGCCAAGCCCGGCUUGCGACCCAACUGACUGAAGAGGAGCAGGUGCGUAUUGCUCAGAGGAUCGGCCUCAUUCAACACCUGCCCAAAGGAGUCUAUGAUCCAGGCAGUGACGGCACCGAGAAGAAGAUUCGAGAGUGUGUAAUCUGCAUGAUGGACUUUGUGUAUGGAGACCCCAUCCGGUUCCUCCCCUGUAUGCACAUCUACCACCUGGACUGCAUAGAUGAUUGGCUGAUGAGGUCCUUCACAUGUCCCUCCUGUAUGGAGCCUGUAGAUGCUGCCUUGCUCUCAUCCUAUGAAACUAACUGACUACUGCCUGCGCUGAUACCCACCCCACACACACACACACACACAGAAUUAGCCUUUGAGUCCUGUCCUCACAUUGCCCCUUUGUGCUCAGAGACAACCUGUCCGCCCAAAUGGGGGCAUGGGAUGGAGGAGGACCUAAGAAGCCACACUGAUGGUUUAAUCUCUUCUGCGUUGUCCUGCUGGACCGGGAAACCUGCAGGAGCUGUUUUGCACCCUUAUGACUUUAUCAUAUGAUUCCUUAGUCUUCAAACAAUGCCCAGACAAACCAGUCAUGCACCAUUCCAUUGUUGCAACACUUACACUGGAAGGAGACAAACCAUCAAGAAACAAAUUUGUGGACUAUUUAAAAAAACAACAAAAUACAAAAAAGUUCAACAUUCAAUCUCUAUUUAUUUCAGUGUCUCAGUUUCCAUAAAUGGCUCAUCCACUUCAAAGAAAUAAGCCCAGCUGUACACACGUGCACACACACACAAACAAACACACACACACACACUAUGUGCAUGCAGGAAUCAUCGCUUGCAACUUUUAUUUAACUGUAAGUUAGCUUUUGCGUUUGUAUGUUUGUUUGUUUUAAAUUGCCCUGAAUGGGUUUGUUGGGCUGACACUUUAAAUGGGUGUUGGGCAUUGACACCGACAGCAUUUGCAGCGACAAAGUGACCAGUAGUCAUUCAUUUUCAAUGAGAGUUUUCUGGCGUCAUGUGCCUAAGUGGUCGUUGACGAUGGGACAAAGUUGAGUGAGAUCAACUUUAUUCAAAACAGCAGGGAAACCACUGUCAGUGUGAACGCUCUUAGAAAAAGAGCAUGAUGCUCUUUGUUGUAGCCAGAUGAUAACUUCCCUUUGUCAUGGACUUUAAGAAAUGAAAAAAAAAAAAAAACAUGAACAAGUGAUUUAAUCCUGUAAUUUCCUACAUUUAAAAUGUCAAACACUUGGUGAUCACAGCACUCACACGUUGGUUAAACUGAAUUGCUUUGUUGUUUUUUUAUGUUGUUUUAAAAUCAUUAUUACUUUUAGUGUAACAGCAAAACUGAGAAAAUGAUCUACAGACAAAACCACUGAAGUCAUCGUAAACUGAAGGUAAGCCCAGAGCGUCACGUGUGAUAUUAGUAUGAUUAUAUAGAAUGUAGUGACUCACAGAAGUACACAUAUGAGUGUGCAAAACCACUUGAUCAUGUUAUUUUCACCUUCAAUGCAUUUGUGUUUUAACUUUAUUGUACAUAGUGCAAUAUACGUAUAUGUAUUUUUUGUGAUUUUUAUUCUAAUUCUGAGUACCAGAUACUUUAAAAGAAGUCUUUAUGACAUCAUAAGGGACCCAUAACCUUUGAAAAUCUGAAUCCUUCGAUUAUUUCCACUCUUUUACUGAAAAGUUAAUUGAGGUCACAGUGAGAGUGAAUCACCAAGGAUUUGGCUGAGUCAUCAGUUAAGUAAAAAUGUGCCCCCUUUUUUCUUUAGAAGUAAGUUAAAAAAGAUUUAAACAUUUUCCCAUAGACAUCUAGCUAAUUUUUUGAACAUAUUUGGGUUUUAUGACAAAAACAAGACAAUGGAUGGACAUGCAGGAAUAGCUGUACAAUAUUUAUUCAAAAGGAAAUAUUUCUUUUUGUCCACCGUUGUUUGUUGGAAUUAUGCCCAGCCCUCUGUCUCUCUCUGUAUGACUAUAAAAGAAAGCACAAGAGAGCAUAGAAAGUGUCUCUAUAUUCCUUACUAAAAUUUAAUAUAAAGAUUAAAUAUCUGAUAGAAAUUAGAACUGAAAGUGGGCAAUGUGCCAUCUCUGCUCUCGAUAUUAUCAAUGUUAGGCAUUAAAUCUGUCCCUUUUACUCAAAACAAAAGAGAAACAAGGAUCCGGUGGUUAGUGGCUGCUACUGAAGUGAAGAUUUUUCAGUUUUUCCUCGUGUGUGAAGACAUGCCUUGUGUGGUGUGACUGUGUGUAUAGUUAAUGAAGGUGGGGGUAUAUUCUUCAUAGAAAAUCCAUUGACAUUUUUUUGCUCAGUACUUUAGUUUUAGUUUUCAUCUUUGUGUGUGUGUGUGUGUGUGUCUCUCCUUACAAUGUGGAGCUCCAUUGCCUUAGACCAGACAAGGAGGUUUUUUGCUGUAUGUCCAGGGAUGAUGGGGGCUCUACACCAGCAUUGGGAGGACAGAAUGAUAAUGAGUGAGCAUUUGGACAUAAUAAUCAGGGGCCACUAGGCCCUGGAUCACGUUCACAAGACACUUCUCGCUCCUGAGAGACACGUCAUCAGUGCAAUGCUAUACAUUAAACUGAUUCUCCAUGAUGUGCAGGGAGCACAUGGACAUUAUAUAUGAUCUGUCUGUAUUUGACGUGUGUGUAAGGCUGUGAGAGUCUCCUGUUUGUGAAUAUAUAUGUAUAUAUAAAAUUAUGCAUCUUAUCUGUACUACAGGAAAAUAAUAAAUAGAAUUUAUGCUAUGAAA